CCCGUUUAGGGCGACAAAUAUUAGGUGCCUUUAUUUAUCUUUUGACAUUUCAAUUAAUCAUUAAACAUCAUUUCAUGUUUUGAAGCAGAAACGGUUUCCCUCGAAGUUUUGAGACGUUUUUAAAACAAUGUUUCCUCUGGUUACCGUGACAACCGUGGUGGUUUUUCAGUCAUUUCAAAAGAGGCCCCUAGCAACCGUUUUUAAACGAUGCACCGUUAGCCUCGCUGCUAGCUAGCUAGCUUACAUGUGAAUGACCUCCACUGUGAGCAGCCUGCACCAGGAGAGACAGAUUAUUUGCAUGUAAAGGGAUUUCCUUUCCAGAGGAGAGGAAGUGAAGUAAAGAAGUGAUGCAGAGCCAGCGGCAUGUUGCUCACGUGAAGGAGGGGGACAGUGAUGUUGUGAUAUCCAGCAGUGACACCUCCAGAUGGUCCUCUCCCUGCAGACUGCAAAGUGACUCAAAUAGAUCAAACUACACAUCUGACUUUGAAGACCAGGACGACACGCUUACAGACAAGGGCCCAAAAGCAGAGACAUCAGACACGUGCAGAAGAAAAAAAGGUAAAAAAGCACAAGGGCCCAACAAGCAAAAGACAAACCACGCUGCAAACUGCAAUGUUAUGAAGUUGCCUCCAAUUAAGCGCCAGCAGGUGUCAAAGCCGGGCAUCCUGUCCGCCGACUUGAACUGCAUCGGUGACCUCAAUAACCAGGUGCGGGAUCUGAAGCGGAGGCUGAGCGAAGCCAGGACGGAGAACAAGCUGCUGAAGAGGCUCCAGCAUCACCACACGGUGGCGCUGGAGCACUUCCAAGAGUCCAAGAGCAGCUUCUCCCAGAUCCUCACAAACCACAGCAACGAGGCCCGCGGCCUGCAGGGGUUGCUCCGCGAGGUCCGCGCCUGUCGUGACAAUCUUGCAAGGCGGCUACAAAGUACAGAAGACCAGUUGCAGCGCACACAGACCGGUCUCCAACACUUGCAGCAGCUCAGUCAGGACCACAGCCUGCUGGAGAGGGAGGAACUCACCAUCCGGCUAACCUGGGCCUCUGCAGUGCUGGAGGACAAGGACAAGCGGAUACUGGACUUGGAGAAGAAUCUUGAGUUGUGCCGAGCCUCGUUCAGUCGACAAAUAGCUACUGAACAAAGAAAGAUCAGCGAGGCGAGAAACACAUCCUUCCAUCUGCAAAGGCAAAUAAGUCAGUUAAACAAGGGAAUCCAAGAUAGAGAGCGAGUACUGGAAACACACAACAUCUACUCCCACAGGUUCCGAAAAAGACCUUCCAAAAAAGAAAGAAAAAGCAAGAUGGUUCAAACAGAUGGAUUGGUCUUCUUCCCCACGGCGGUCGGGAGUUUUCCGAUCUUAGAAUAUACGGAGACGGAGGAGAGGCUGGAGGAGCUGGGGAGGUCUGGGAACCAGCGUUGUCACAAUGCAGUGCAGGUGUCGUUGGUUAUAGGAAAUCCAGAGAAAGAGGUUGCUGAAAAAGUUUCAUUAGAAGUGGAUCACCCAAGGGAAACUGAGACAUGUGCAGACACCAGUGAUCAGAGUAAUUGUUUGGAAGGGAGCUCAGGACAUCAAACGGAGGAAGAGUGUGCCAAAGCCAAAGAGGUUAGGGUGUUGGAAGGAGAGCAGAAAACAGAGGGACACGAGAGCCAGACGUUCCCGAUAUCAAACCGGUCUCUGAAUUUGACUGAACCCGAGAGAAAAGAAUACAAGCUCUCAAAAAUCAGACACAUCUUCCCACAAUCAAUUGAGAACCUGCACAACGGAAUACCCGUCCACAGCAGAGUGGACUUAGGUCCUUCUCCAACCACCAGGAGCCCAAUCAAGGUGGAGACCACCAGCAUUGGGAUUUGUGAACUUUGUCCUCCAGCUGGGGAGAAGGAGAUCCAGGAGAGGUGAAGCAGGCAGAGAGAGAGAGUAGAGCCGAGUAAAGACAAUGAUUUAGUGUCUAGACAUCAGAGGGGAGCUCUCGAAUGUCAGAAACACUUGCUGCCACAUAAAGAAGAAACAGGAAUAAGGAGAUUUUGUCUGUAGUGGCAAAAGAUGUUGUGGUAUUUAAGUAUAAAGUAUUCCUCUGAAUGAAUUAUUGUUUGACCAAAUGCAUUGUUUUAGUCUUUUUCAAUUGAAAUAAUAAUAACAUUACAAUCUUUUCUUGAUGUUUUAUUUUCUUAAAAAGGAAUCUCAACAUUUCAAAACCACUCUUUUGGUCCAAUUCUGUCAAAACAUUUUCAAAAACAUAAAAAUUCUCAAAGCCCCAAAAAACAAGUUGCAAUAUGAGUCAGACAAUUACACAGUGGCCUGACGUGGCA